AUGUUUACUCUCCGAGAUGCUGUCGACAAGUGCACGGGGCUUUCUGGAGAUGGGAAAGUUAUUGCCAUUACCUUGGCUUUCUGCCUCUUCUUAGUGACCAUGACCAUGGGCCUUCGAUUCUACGCAUUGGUCAUGCGAAGGCAGAGCUUCCAAGUGCCAGACUACUUGGCACUUGUUUCUCUGGUUUCUCAUGGGCUGACCAUGCUAUAUCAGAUUCUUUACUACUCCAGUGCAAUCACGGUGUUCUUGGCUUUGACUAUCGGCCAUAUUGGGUACCAGACAUCCGAAACUCCUGCCUGGCGGCUCGCCGUGGCAUCCAAGUGCGUUUAUUAUAUCCGGCUUGCGUAUCUUAUAGGACUGGGCCUGGUGAAAUGUAGUCUCCUGCAAACACUUCGAAGAGCCUUCGUCACCCGGCCAAGCUGCUUUCACUUUGCUGUCUGGACGGCCAUGGUGAUAUGUGUCUGCUGGAGUCUGUCAGGGUUUCUCCUCGCAUUUCUGGCCUGCCGUCCAUUCGAAUACAACUGGACCCUGCAACCUGGCGAAGGAAAUUGCGUGAAUCAGAACCAUGUCCUAAUGGGUCUGGGCGUUGUUGAUACUGCGACCAGCUUCCUUAUCAUGGUCCUACCAUUACCAUUACUCCUGAUUAUGAGACCGACGCGGUCUCAGAAACUGGCAACCGCUGGCGUCUAUCUGAUCGGAGCUUUCGCCCUUGUUAUCGCUGCCUUACUUACAGUGUCUCUCGCUCAAACCGAUCUCCGCAAUUUUAACGAAGUAGGCAAAAUGGUUGUGGUUUGGUUUACUGUUGAGUGGACCGCGGUGAUCAUCGUGGCCAAUGCAUCCGUCCUGGCACCGUUAUGCGCCUGUUUGGGUCUCAAUCAGCCUCUACAUACCAGCGCAACGUCUUCGCUGAACCACCCCAAGGAUGGCACUUUUCUGCUGGGAUCUUUGCGCACUUUGACGACCCGCGGCAGUAGCGCACCGCUGAAGACGAAAGGCACGGCGGAAACAGGCUCAAUCCAGUCAUCGCGAUCGAUGAUGCGCGGGCUGGGAUUUUGCUGGACGGAGGCCACGGGACAAGCACAGCAGCCAGGCUCUGUUCUAGCCUUAGAGCCGGGGGAAGUGCGCGUGCAGACAGGCUGGUCUAUUGAGCGAACACCGGCGAAGACAGCAACUACCGCCACCGUGAUAGGGACAUAG